AUGGCCCGUAUAACAGGAGCCGUGCGGGAGCAGCAACAGCUGCUGGACGCACAGUUCAUCGACAGUCCUCGUCUGUACCCAUUGUACCCUGUCAAAGGGUUAAGACCAUCAUCACUGCGCAAAUCAUCCUCCACCAGCAGCAGCAGCAUCAACAACGCCUGCCCCCCGCCGCCGCCCACUCCGCAUCAGGUGCACUCCGCCACAGCCGCCGCCGGCAGCAGCACUCCGCCACACUCCCAGCAUCCGCACCAGCACCCAUAUCCGCAUCAGCAUCAGCACCACCACCAACACAGGCGCAGCAGCAGCUCCAGUCACACCAGCCACGCGGAUAACUCGAGCAGUUUGGCCACAAAACCGGCCAUCAAUUUGCUCGGUAAUCAGCUGCAGGUCAACUACUUCGAGUUCCCGCCCACCGCUCCUGGUCAGGCGUUGUUGGCCAACAGCGGUCGCACCACAGCCUCCACACCGUCGUUGACCACCCACCACCACCAGUACCAGUACCAGCACCAGCUCCAACACCGACCCGGAGGCACCACUGUCGGUGGCGACUACACCUCGGCAGUUGCCAAAGCGGCGGCUUCCACAGCCUGUGCUCUACUAGCCACGUGCCACGUGUCCAGAGAAUCCCCCAAAUCGAGGCAGCAGAAGCCUCAGGAGGAGGAGGUAAAGGACACCACAGGUACCAUGGGUCGACGCGAGAUAAAGCGCUCCAACACGAGUGGUUCCACCACCAGAUCCUACGACAGCGGCAGCGCAACCACAAAUUUUGUCGGAAAGUUCACACAGAGUGUGCGGCGAAUCGUACAGGAUGUGAAGGAUGAGGGGGCGCCCAGUGGAAUGACCCGGGACGAGGUAAUCGAGACCAACGAGCGCCUGAGAUCCUUGCGGCUUCGCCUGGAGGAGUCCUACGAAACGGCCAAGAAGGCCCUGAUCAACCUCAUGAACAAAUACGGCGAUUCCAAGAGCCAGCGCAACAUUUUCCAACGCUAUCCCAUGCUUAAACUGAUGAUUAAAGAAGUGAUUCGCCUGGAGACCCAGUACUGGACCUUGGUGGACAUCCCGCGGCAGGAGAAGCAGGAAACGGUGCCCUCGUACGUGAUGCGCGCCUGCUCGAUCAUGGAGAAGACCCAGAAGUCCGGCGAGGGGGUAAAGACCUCCGCCCGCCUGGCCGAGGAGGCUGCCGAGCGAAGGGAGCGCAUGGAGCGACUGGAGCACAUGACAACGGCCCAGAUCGAACACGAGAAUACGCAGCUGAUAAACGACUUGUACCGCUUGCUGAAAAAGUAUCUGGGCCUGCGGCAUCUCAUCCGGGUGUUGAAGGAAGAGUACGGCAGCUCGAAGAUGUAUCCGAUAUUUCCACGCUACACAAUGCUGAAGGACAUGAUAAAAGGCAUCAUGCACGACCCGGACUACAUGGAGGUGUGCCACGAGACUCUGGCCAACGCCAACUGAGCCGAGGGCACCGGAAAUGGCAGGCGUCGCAUGAGUGUCAUUUGAGAGGGCCCAAAAACUACAACCGAUACAAACAGCAGCAUUCGCAGGACCUAGGACCUCGAGCUGUAUUCGCAUGCGAGUUUCUGUCAUUCCGGCGUGAUUUAGAAAAUUCUGAAACAAUAGCUACCCACUGCCGAGGGAGUGGGGGUUUUGUUUUACUUUCCCCUCUUCGCCCAGUCUCUUUCGGCCCUUCUCUUGCAGCCAACACUCGAGGCAAGCCAAACAAACAGGCUAAUCAAAUAACUAACCGACUAACUAAACUAAAACUUGAACUAAAACCAGAACUAUGUAUAUCCAAGCCCCACCAUCUACCACCCACUACCACCAAAACUGAACAAGCAACUAUUUACACUACAUUAUCAGAUACAAACACUCGAAUACUCUUCGGCACUUAAGUGCCAGCAAACAAACUAAAAAGGCAUUUAUUUUAAUGAACUUUUGAGAGGAAACAAAGAAAAACCUAUGAAUACAAAGGAGAAACACAAGAUAUUUUUAAGAUCAAGAUAUGCUCAAGAAACCAAAGUUUGUGUCAUCUGAGCCUAAUAUUAUGCCUAGGUAUACACUGAUUAUAUAUUUGUAACCAAAACUAAACCUAUCUACAGCCAAACGGGAGUAUAGAGGCUAGUUAAAGAACUCCCUGAUUUGGCCUCGGUUUUGUAUCCUUUUCUAGUCGAUUAGCCAUUAUACUGUGUAAUUACCAAAGUGUAUCAAGCUACAUAUAUUAUUAAAUAAUUCCCACGCCUAGAUGUAUUAAUUACCUAGUUAGACAAUAUGCGGGAAAUAUUCCCAAUCGAUGUGAGAACUCUCAACACCUUUUAAGCAAACACAACACCAAUGCAAACACCAUAUCCUAGAACCUUACUGUCUCAAUGGCAGGAAAAUGCUUUAUGUGUGUCUCAGCUUUAAGUCCCACCUCAACUAGCCGACAUGCAACAAAUCGUGGCAACACGACUCUGUAGGUUUUUUGAAAUGGGAUAUAUGUAUUAUUGUAUUCGUUGUUGUACAUACCAAGUAGCUUUCUAGCCUCCCGACACGCCCCAUAUACAUUCGAACACAAAAGACCAAAAGGAAAACCUAGACGAGCUUACAACUUUCAACGAGAGCUAGAAAAAUCCACAAUUUCCAUUUAAGUUACUUAUGCUGAUGAUAUAUUUUACUUACUAUCGCUACCAAGUCUCUGGAAACUAAAGCUACAACACUCUACCGACACACCCACCGAUACUCCGAUGCUACUAUCUACCAGAGCUCACACACAUCCGUUUGUAAGUAGAUCGGAAACAGAUUCCAGUGGCCGCAGAGCAAUUGAGUGCAUAAAUUAGUCCUGCAACUGUGCCUGCCUGUGUUUGUGUACAUUAACAUUAUAUGCCUCAUGGAGCCCGAUUAUCGGUUCAUUUUUCCCACGACAAUGGGUCGCUUUAAAACCAACACCCACUCUGCCUGCCACCCUCACUGGCCUUUAAUUAAAAAACACACAAAUAUUUGAAAAGUACAUCAGCUAGAUAAACUCUCAUCAUGAAUAAAUCAAAAUAGAUAAUGAACGUUGAAAACAUAGCAAAUUAAUUAUGCAAAAUCCAUACUCUAAAGUGAAUUAAACAAAAUUUCAUUUAGCCGAGUAAGUCUAAGCGACGCGUUUUGUUGUUUGCGUAGUUAAAUGUUGAGCAUUAUAUUUGAAUUAAUAUGAAUUUAAAAAUGUUAGUCGCAAUUCGCAUAUGUGCAGGGGAUAAGCCACAUAAUACAUGAUACUUAAUAUUACAACAGAUAUAUUCAACCAUGCAAUUAUAGCUACAACUAAUUAAAACUAAACCGUAAACCGUAAUGAUCAGGUAUUAAAGUUAUGACGUUUAAUCAAAAUGUAUUACAAAGUGUGUUACGACAAGUGUGUGUGUGCGUGAAUGUGGCCAAUAAAAGCGCAUUGCAAUAUAGAAUAUAGUUGGUCUUAUAAACCAAAAAAGAAUUAAAACUAAAAGGAGUUUUUCAGAGGGCGAUAUUGCUGCAUACCAGUACAGAGACAUAAACUAUAGUUAUAUAUGAUAUUCGUAUUAUUGUACAACUUAUACACGAUCGACAACAUCUACACGUACUCGUAUGUAUACUCUAUUUAUACACACAGACCCACCCGAUCAAAGGAUACCUGGGCUGUUGGUAAUCCUGCAAACCAAACUGCGAACAAAAAUGAAUAAAACAAAACUUCGUACAACUUUACCUUUUCAACAUCUCAGUGUCUAAAAAAUGAUUAAAUGUAUCUCCGCAAAGGAAGUUACCAAUAUAUUGGAUAUAUUACUAAAGCAAAAUAUGUAUCAAGACACUACAUAAU